CAAGGGGUCAAAGGUUAAUAUUGUCAAGGGAAAACAAAUGAAUGUCUGGUAUUCUCAUCUCGUGAAAGUGUUGCAACGUUGUAACAAUGGGGAAGAUAUGCAUACUAAUUCUGCUACUAUUUGACUCUGUAUUGGCUGGCAAAAAGGAUGUGUUUGGUAUACACUCCAUCACCUUUGACACAGCUGACCUGACUGUAAUAUCAACGGUGGAUAUCAAGGCAGAACUAUGGGGUCAAACGCACGAGUGUAAUAAUUGCACUCUAAUUAAGAUCAAAGACAUUGAACCUCCGCCAUCAUCUCAGAAUCGGAGUCGGAUCCAGUUAAAAAUGGAUACAAGGUACCCGACUAGAUUGACGGUAAUACCUGUGAAACAACAUGUCAUUAAUUCAAACCCAGACUGCAGCAUCCCUAAUAUCCACUUCAUGGAGAACAGGAACUACAGUUUAUUUGUGAACUUCAACAGCAAUAAUGACAACCACACGAUUUCCUGUAACCUGAUAAAACCAGGCGACUUGGAUCUCAGCUAUGUUCCAAUUUUGGUUGCAAUUGGAAUAUACAUUGCAUUGGCUUUCCUUUACAUGCUUUUUAGUACGGCACUAAGGAAUCAGUGGAUUUACAAAAUAUGCUGUUGCCUGGGUACAAGUAGAUUAGUCAACAAUGAUCUUGGGGCACCAGGCGAUCCAGUGAGCGAAACAGUAAACUCAAUCAGCCCGGCAGAUAACAACAAAAAACCAAAAUCCAGAAGACUCAAGUCCUUGGACACUUUCCGGGGAAUAUCUAUAGUAAUUAUGAUAUUUGUUAAUUACAAAGGAGGGGAAUACUGGUAUUUCCAACAUUCACGAUGGAAUGGUUAUUGGAAUAUAGGUUUGACAGUGGCUGAUCUUGUUUUUCCAUGGUUCGUUUUCAUCAUGGGCACAUCUAUUGCGCUAUCUCAGAAUGCUUUAAAACAAAAAGGCAUGUCAACAAGUAGGUUAUUUCAGAAAAUUGUUCGUAGAACUGUUAUUCUAUUCGCGCUUGGUGUCUUCAUGAAUUCAGGAGGAUUUCAUCGUCUGGUAUUUCUUUUUCUCAGUGGCUUAGAUGAGUUUUUAAUUCUAGGUAGGAAUGAUCUGAAGAAUCUAAGGAUACCUGGAGUUCUCCAACGAUUCAGUGUGUCUUACUUUGUGGUUGCCAUGUUGGAAUUGAUAUGUAGUAGAAGUAGCCAUGGACAGUAUGAUCUAAUUACCCCUCGUUGGUACACACCAUUUCGUGAUGUGAUAGAAUAUUGGAUAGAAUGGCUUGUAAUGGCUGGGUUGUUAGUAGGCUACUUCUGCCUGACGUUCUUUCUACCUGUCCCUGGUUGCCCCACCGGUUACUUAGGCCCAGGUGGAUCAAUUCAGCUGGAGCCAAAUAUCACGUUAACGAACUGCACUGGGGGUGCUGCUCGCUACAUUGAUGAGUGGUUGUUUGGUGUCAAUCAUAUCUACCAACAUCCAACCUGUAAGGUAAUCUACCACACAGGUGCUUUUGACCCAGAAGGUGUGCUAGGAUCAAUACCAUCAAUAUUCAUCACAUUCCUUGGGUUGCAGGUAAGAUGAUGUAUUCAAAAUUCAAA